UCCUCCGCCUCCUCCCGGGCCGUCCGAGAUGGAGACGGAGACGGAGCGGGUCGAGCCGGAGCAGGGGGGCGAGGCUGAGGCCGAGCCGCCCAUGCACAGCGUCCACGGCACCAACCGCAUCCGGCCGUCGUCCUACCGGGCGCUGCGCAGCGCCGUGUCCAGCCUGGCCCGCCUGGACGACUUCAACCGGGAGAAGAUCGGGUGCGGCUUUUUCUCCGAGGUCUUCAAGGUGCAGCAUCGCGUCUCGGGGCAGGUCAUGGCUCUGAAGAUGAACAUCCUGGCCAGUAACAAAGCCAACAUGCUCAGGGAGGUCCAGCUCAUGAACCGGAUGUCUCACCCCAACAUACUCAGGUUUAUCGGAGUGUGUGUUCACGAGGGGCAGCUGCACGCUCUCACGGAGUACAUCAACGGCGGCAACCUGGAGCAGCUGCUGGGCCGCGACGUCCCCCUGUCCUGGAGCGUGAGGCUCCGCCUGGCGCUGGACAUCGCACGGGGCCUGCAGUACCUGCACAGCAAGGGCAUCUUCCACCGGGACCUCACCUCCAAGAACGUCCUGGUGCGCUGCGAGGGCAGCCUGUACUCCGCCGUGGUGGGAGACUUCGGCCUGGCGGAGAAAAUCCCGGAUUACAGUGAGGAGCAGGACCAGGAGCCGCUGGCCGUGGUGGGCUCCCCCUACUGGAUGGCGCCGGAGGUGCUGCGAGGCGAGCUGUACGACGAGAAGGUGGACGUCUUUGCGUUCGGGAUCAUCCUGUGUGAGAUCAUCGCCAGGAUACAGGCCGACCCCGACAUCCUGCCGCGCACCGAGGACUUCGGUCUGGACGUGGACGCCUUCCAGCAGAUGGUUGCAGAUUGUCCUGCGGACUUCCUGGAGCUCGCCAUCGCCUGCUGCAACAUGAACGCGAAGCUGCGUCCGUCUUUCUCCCACAUCGUGGCCGAUCUGGAGCGGAGGCGAGCGGAGAGGAAGCAGAAGGACGAGGCGGCGGCGGCGGCGCUCGCCGUCUCUCCGUCAAUCGGGCCUCUCCGGAGGAGGUCGCUCUGCCUGGCGUCUGACCCCCGCCUGUCCCGCAGCAAGUCGGACAUGCUCCACCCGCCGGACACGCCCCCGCUGGCGCCGCCGGCACGGGUCAACCCCUUCUCCCAGCGCGAGGACCUGAAGGGGGGGAAGAUCAAGCUGUUCGACACGCCCAGCAAGUCGGUCAUCUCGCUGACCUUCGCGCUGCCGCCGCCGCCGGACUGCGAGCGCGCCGAGCCAGACGGCGCCGGCCUGCCCCGGAGGCACCGGCGCUGCCACUCGCUGCCGUGCACGCCGCCGCCGCACCUCACCUCCACGCCCAACUCCGCCCUGGCCGAGGAGGACGGCGACGACGGGAUGGGCGCGACGGAGGAGGAGGAGGAGGAGGAGGAGGGGCGGAGUCUCCUGGGCCGGAAGGGGGCGGAGCCGGCGGACGACUCGGGCCUGCCGCUGUCGUUCGGGCCGCUGUCGCUGAACCAGGAGGAAGAGGAGGAGGAGGAAGAAGAGCCCAUGGACUGCACCAGCUCCCCGGACACUCUGGGCAGCUCGCCCUCGCCCCACUCCAGAGCCCCGCCCCCUCCCUCCUUCUCCCCGCCCCCCUUCUCCAACGGCUGGGGCUCCGCCGUGUCCAACGGGCCUCGCCGGCUCCCCCCGCUGUCCAGCCUGGAGAACAACAACGUGGUGGUGAGCCGCCCGCUGGGCUGGAGCGCCGCCGCCACCGCCGCCAACAACAACGGCUACCACUCCCCGCCCGGCGACCCCGCUGGCUCCUCGCCGUUCGGCUCGGGCAGCGGCCACUCGCUGGACCAGGAGGAGGUCAUCUCCUGCCCCGGCUGCUGCCUGGCCGGCCUGCGCUUCCCGUCGGUGUGCCUGCGGGCGCCGCCGCGCCGCAACCCCUACAAGAACCUGAACGGGGAGCACGCCGCCUCGCACGGCCUGCUGUGCCCCGGGCCCAAGGGCCUGCCGCCCUCGCCCACCCCCGCCGCUGCCGCCGCCGGCCUGGCCCUGCCGGGGGCGCAGACUUAACCCGGCGCCACCGCCGCCGCCGGAAGCUCCAGCGGGUCCUCCUUAAAAUUUGCACAAAUUUUAUCGCAGCAAUACUCUGCUGGGUUUCCAGCCGCCGGCGUCCGGAGCGGGACUGGAGGGGUUCUGGGGACUCUGUCGCCCUCUGCUGGACUGAGGGCGACACACACACACACACACACACACACACACACACACACACACACACACACACACACACACACACACACACACACACACACACACACUGACUCUGCAUGUCACACUCCGGUCAGUGAGCUGCUGUAAAUCUGCAGGUGUAAAGGUUCUGAUGAGGAAUGUUCCGGCUUAGUAUCGACGCCGUCGCAAUGAUUUUCUUUCCAUGUUCGGUGCUGAAUGAUGAACAGGCGGGUUUGCUUUCAUGUCUUUAUUAUCGAGAGGUGUGUGGUGCACUGCUGAAGAGUGUGUGAGAGAGAGUGUGUGUGUGAGUGUGUGUUGUCCACCGUUAGACUGUUUGUGUUGCUGUAUGAUCUGUUCAGACUGCCUGGUGAAGCACUUCAGCUGUAUUACUGUUGUUCAUAUGGAAACUGUUGAUAUCCUUAUAUUUGGGAAUGAAAGGUCAAAGACCUGCUUAAGAUGUACAGAUUCUUAUUAUUUAAAGAUGGCAUUGAAUAAAAAGACAGAAUGCA